AUGAAUCGACGAACUGGUAGUAACAAUCGGCGAGGGAACGUAACUAAUAAUGGUAGUGGUUCUCAAGCAGUUGGAGGAAAUCAGGGGCAAGAGUUGGGACAACAAGAACAAGCUACAAUCCCCAAUCCAAUUGAAAUGGUUCAACGGAUGCAUCCAGGUGUUGGGCCACAACCAAGGCCACGUUGUAACAUUACUGAGUUUAAGAAGAUAGCCUUGGCAUUUGACGGAGCCACAGACCCUUUGGAGGCUGAAAAAUGGUUGACAGAAAUGGAAAAGUUAUUUCCCGUUUUUGAGUGUACGGAUGAUCAGAAGGUGACCUAUGCUACGUUUAUGCUACAAGGGAUAGCUAAUGAUUGGUGGCAGAUGGAGAAGCGCAUACACGAGCAUGAUGCCAACCCCUAUACAUGGGAAAGGUUUAAGAAUGCAUUUAAUGAGAAAUACUUCCCUAGAAGUGUUCAUCUACAAAAACAGAGGGAAUUUUUGAAGUUAAAGCAAGGGAAUAAGACGGUUGCAGAAUAUGAAGCUGAGUUUACAAAGUUGCAAAUUUUCUGUCACUAA